CCACAAGGCCAAGCGACGGGGCCUCGUCUUCCUCUUUCCGCCAUCUUGGGUCCUGUGGAGGCCUGCUGGGAACAGGACUUCUAGAAGGCAACAAUGUCUGGAAGGCUGUGGUGCAAGGCCAUUUUUGCUGGCUACAAGCGAGGUCUCCGGAACCAAAGGGAACACACGGCCCUGCUGAAAAUCGAAGGUGUUUAUGCCCGGGAUGAAACUGAAUUCUACUUGGGCAAGAGGUGUGCCUACGUGUACAAAGCAAAGAAUAACACAGUGACUCCUGGCGGCAAACCUAACAAAACCAGAGUCAUCUGGGGAAAGGUAACUCGUGCUCACGGAAACAGUGGCAUGGUGCGUGCCAAGUUCCGAAGCAACCUGCCUGCGAAGGCCAUUGGACACAGAAUCCGAGUGAUGCUGUAUCCCUCAAGAAUUUAAAACUUGAAAAUAAAUAAAUAAAAAUGGAUUGAUUAUCUUGUAUUUUUGUUUGAAAAACUUAAUUGGCCUAUGUUGAGUUAUUGUGUGCUUAACUGUCAUUAAACAGCAUUGUCAGAAUAAAAGGAUGCAGAACGCC